AUGCGGCCUCCAAGCAAGUCGCAAGUGUUGCUCUCGCUGCUUGCCCCGAGCGUCUCUUCGGCCUUCUAUCUACCUGGUGUAGCUCCCACCUCCUACGACGUCGGUCAGAAAGUCCCUCUUCAUGUCAAUCAUCUUACGCCAACGGUGGCCCAGGAUGCCCAAGUCCACUCUGUCUUCUCCUACGACUACUACCACCCGGCAUUCCACUUCUGCCAGCCAAAGGACGGGCCGCAGGAUGUUCGGGAGUCCCUCGGUAGCAUUAUUUUCGGCGACCGUAUCCUCACCUCGCCGUUCGAGCUACACAUGGCCAAGAACGAGUCCUGCAAGCUGCUCUGUCCAGAGGUCAAGUUCGACGGACUCAGCAGCCAAUUCGUGAACCACAGGAUAUGGCAGGGCUAUAACAUCAACUGGCUCAUCGACGGCCUCCCCGCAGCUCAGAUAAACACCGACGAUCAGACAAACGAGCAGUUCUACAGCCCGGGCUUUCUCCUGGGAGAUAUCAACAGCGAUGGACAAUCCUUCCUUCACAACCACUACGAUAUCGACAUCGAAUACCACCGUGUUGCUGGGCUCGGGACCAAGGAGAAGUACCGUGUUGUCGGGGUCCUCGUCACCCCCUCCUCCCGGAAGACGAAGGUGUCUAGAGACAAGGCUGACUGCUCCAGCAAGGACAUUGUACUUCUGGACGGUACCGCGGAGACUUCCGUUGCUUGGACGUAUAGUGUUACGUGGCGCGAGUCCUCUACCGCCUGGGCAACGAGAUGGGAUAAAUAUCUACAUGUCUACGACCCCAGUGUUCAUUGGUACUGGCUUAUCUAUUCCGCCGUAUUCGUCAUCUUGCUUGUUACCCUAGUGAGCAGCAUCCUACUUCGGGCCUUACGGAAGGAUAUUGCACGGUACAAUCGCCUGAGCAUGAUCAACAUGGAUGACUUCAACGACAACGGUGACUCGGUCGAAGAUGGGAUACAGGAGGACUCUGGCUGGAAGCUAGUCCAUGGGGAUGUGUUCCGCACCCCAAACCACCCACUUUUGCUCAGUUUGCUGGUAGGAAAUGGUGCUCAGCUCUUCGUCAUGACCGGUAUCACUGUUGUAUUUGCACUUUUUGGCCUCCUUUCACCCUCGAAUAGAGGUUUCUUGGGGACGGUUAUUCUAAUACUAUAUACUCUACUUGGCUUCGUUGGCGGCUAUGUCGCUGCAAGAACCUACAAGUCAUUUGGAGGUGAAUCCUGGAAACGGCUAAUCAUCCUCACCCCUGUACUCGUCCCAGCCAUCGCAUUCUCUACCUUCUUCUUGCUCAAUCUUUUUGUUUGGGCUAAAGGAUCAAGCGGUGCUGUUCCGUUUACCACCAUGAUUCUCACUGUUAUCAUCUGGUUUGUUAUCAGUGUGCCACUUAGUGUUGCUGGCAGCUGGAUCGGACUUAAGCUACCCGGCUUUGAAGGACCUACCAGGACCAACCAGAUCCCUCGCCAGAUCCCCCCAUCAGUCUGGUCUCUCCGUCCUCUACCAUCAACACUGGUAACUGGCAUGCUUCCAUUCGCCACUAUUUUUGUGGAACUAUACUUCAUCAUGACUUCCCUUUGGACAAACAAAAUCUAUUACAUGUUUGGAUUCCUCUUCCUAUGCUACGGACUUAUGAUUAUGACUUCUGCGACCACCACCGUUCUCCUAGUCUAUUUCUUGCUCUGUGCAGAAGACUACCGCUGGCACUGGAGGGCAUUUAUCGGCGCUGGCAUGACCGGUGGAUACGUCUUCCUUAACGCGCUUAUCUUCUGGGCAACCCGUGUCAGCUUCGGCGGUGUGACUGGCGCUGUUCUGUAUCUCGGCUAUUCUGCGCUUUUGGCUUUCCUAGUCUUUGUAUUAACUGGUACCAUUGGCUUGUUUGCCAGCUGGGCCUUUGUCCAUAGAAUUUAUGGCUCCAUCAAGGUCGACUAA